AAGCCAUUCUCUUUCAACAACAAACAGUUAUUUGAGAGCGUCUUAUUUUUCUAGGUCAUUCAACCAAGAUAAAAAAAUCAGAUCAUAAGGUGUCAUCGCUUAAAAAGGAUAUUAGUGUCACUGAAAAAGUUUGUAAUUCAUUAGAAAUGCGUCUAGUUAUUUUAGAAACUUCUGAUGCAGUAUCUGAAUGGGCUGCAAAAUAUGUAAUGAAAAGAAUUAAUGACUUCAAACCAGGACCGGAUAAGUACUUUGUUUUAGGUUUACCCACAGGGGGCACUCCAUAUGGCAUGUACCAGAAACUCAUAGAAUAUCACAAAGCUGGCAAAGUUUCAUUUAAGUAUGUGAAAACUUUCAAUAUGGACGAAUAUGUUAAUUUGCCAAGAGACCAUCCCGAGAGCUACCAUUACUAUAUGUGGAAUAACUUUUUCAAACACAUUGACAUUGAUCCCAAAAACGCCCAUAUACUGGAUGGAAAUGCAGCUGACCUUGUAGAAGAAUGCAAUAAUUUUGAACAAAAAAUUUUAGAUGCUGGAGGAGUGGAAUUGUUUAUAGGAGGUAUUGGACCUGAUGGCCAUAUAGCAUUCAACGAACCAGGUUCAUCUUUAGUAUCUAGAACAAGAGUCAAAACUUUAGCCCAAGAUACUUUAGAAGCUAAUGCUAGAUUUUUUGGAAAUGACAUAAAACAAGUUCCUAAGCAAGCCCUCACAGUAGGUGUUGGAACAGUAAUGGAUUCUAAAGAGGUGAUGAUCCUCAUAACUGGAACCCACAAAUCUUUUGCUUUAUAUAAAGCAGUUGAAGAGGGUGUGAAUCAUAUGUGGACAGUUUCAGCUUUCCAGCAACAUCCCCAUACUCUGAUGGUUUGCGAUGAAGAUGCCACUUUGGAGUUGAGAGUCAAGACUGUAAAAUAUUUCAAGGCUCUAAGUGACGUUCACCAGAAGCUCAUAAAGGAGAAUGAACCUAUUGAUAAAUACAGGACCAUUCAUUGAAACAUUCAUUUACUUCUUUUUUUAUUGAAUUUAUUCGCUUUACACAAUUUGCUGGUUGAGGACGCUUGAUAAAUCGCUGGGCGAAUUAUAAAUUUUGCCACAUAUGAGAAAUGAGUUGAAAUAUGAAUCAUUAUUUACAAGAUUUGAUACUGAUAACUAUAUUUUUUACAACAUAUGAUUAAGUUGGCUA